CAUUGGUCGAUACUGGCUCUUUAACAGCUCCAAAGUAAAUCGUUGCACAAAUUCUUCAUAGAGUCCUGCUUGGAUGCGAAUCAUAUAUCACGACUGCAAACGGUCUAUGCUUUGAAAGCACUCGUCAAGUCUGCAUUUAGUGGAUUGCGUUCGGAGGAUCUCUCUGGCCAUUAGCCGGACAUUUGUAUUGGGUAGACGUCAACAAACGCUUCGCAGCGCAAAACUCGAGUUUAUACGAGGACUCGACAACUGGGACAACUGGACCUCAGAAAGCAAAAUCAUAUCAGAUGGAUCUCGUCAACCACCUCUCCGACCGGCUACUCUUCGCAGUACCUAAAAAGGGACGACUCCAAGCCGCAACACUAGACCUUUUAUCCGGCUCAGAUAUUCAGUUCAGACGAGAAACACGACUCGACAUUGCCCUUGUCAAGAAUCUGCCGCUAGCUCUCAUUUUUCUCCCAGCCGCCGACAUCCCCACAUUCGUCGGCGAAGGCAAAGUCGACCUGGGGAUCACUGGCCGCGACCAAGUUGCCGAACAUGACACCCACUUGCCACUCGGCGAGCAGUCAGGCGUCGAAGAGGUUAUGGACCUCGGCUUUGGCAGAUGUAAGCUCCAAGUGCAAGUCCCUGAAAAGGGCACGAUCCAAAAAGUGCAAGAUCUUGUGGGCAAAAACAUCGUAACGAGUUUCACGGGUUUGGCAGAAGACUACUUCGCACGACUGGAAGGUAUGGGCAGCCGCAAGGAAAGUAUCAACGGCACGGAAAGUCCUGUGCCCAAGCUCAAGACGAAGGUCAAAUUCGUGGGUGGAAGCGUUGAAGCAGCCUGUGCACUGGGCGUGGCAGAUGGUAUCAUUGAUCUCGUCGAAUCAGGCGAGACGAUGAGGGCCGCCGGGUUGAAGGCGAUUGAUACGGUGGUCGAGAGCACAGCGGUGCUAAUCAAGAGCAGAUCAGUGUCGAACGAGAAACUGGUCAACCUGAUCGCGGCACGAAUACGUGGAGUCAUCACGGCGCAGAAAUAUGUCCUGUGCACGUACAACGUCCCUAGGUCCAAGCUGACCGAAGCGACGAAGAUUACGCCGGGCAAGAGGGCGCCGACGAUAACUGCGCUGGAGGAAUCGGAUUGGGUUGCUGUCCAGUCGAUGGUCGAGAAGAAGGAUAUCGCGACGGUCAUGGAUGCUUUGACGGCGGCGGAUGCGACGGAUAUUCUCGUGUUAGAUAUCGCUAAUUCACGGACGGGUUGAGAAUGCUGCAUUUUCUGGCUCAACGCUCCGAGCAAUCCAGAUGGCUAGAACGCGAUGACAGUGAUGCGGCAUGUAUUUGGGAUAGACAAAAGGAGCUCAGGACCUGUGGCUGUCUACCUUAGCCGUCUUUCUCGGAAAGGCUUAUUACGAGCACCCAUUUUGAGAGUUUGUGGGAGAGGUCGUACUGGAAUACAAAAUGGCCGCAGCAGUGAAGAUCAUCUCAAUUGUUGCUAUGCCUGGAGUCUCAGCCAAUGUAGCCUAACCCUAUAUUGAUAGUUGUUACGAACAGCAAGCGACCAGCCACAGUUGACGACAGCUGGCCCGCAAUGGCCCC